GUAUAAUCGAAUUCUGAUUCCGAAAAAGUAGCGAAGAUGGAGAGGGAGAAGAAGAGACGUUUGGUAUUGGUUCAUGGAGCCUGCCAUGGGGCGUGGUGUUGGUACAAGGUGGCUGCUUUGUUGAAAUCCAAUGGACACCAAGUCACAGCUCUAGACAUGGCUGCAUCAGGCAUCCAUCCAAAGCAGGUACACGACCUCAAUUCAAUUUCAGAAUAUUUUGAGCCAUUAAUGUACUUUCUAGGGUCUUUGCCAACAGAGGAGCGUGUAAUCCUUGUGGGUCACAGCUUUGGUGGGGCAUGCAUAUCUGUAGCUAUGGAAAUGUUCCCUACCAAGAUUGCUGCUGCGGUAUUUGUUGCCGCUUGGAUGCCUUCUCCUGACCUAAGCUUUUCCACUCUCCUCCAAGAGUUCCAGUAUAGUCGUAUAAUGGAAUCUGAUUUGCACUCAAAGAUCAUGUUUGAUGAGAACACCAGCAAUCAUCGAAAUGGAUCAAGGAUGUUCGGGCCUCAAUUCUUAGCAUCCAAAUUAUACCAACUAUCUCCACCCGAGGACCUGACUCUAGCAAUGUCACUGCUGAGACCCACUCGCAUUUAUGGUGAUGUAGAACUGUUGCGUGAGAAUACAAGACUCACAAAAGACAACUAUGGAACCGUGGCCAAAGCCUAUAUAGUGUGCGAGCAAGACAACGUGUUAAGGAAAGAUUUUCAACUGUCAAUGAUUGAACGAAACCCUCCAAACGAAGUGAAAGUGAUUGUUGGUGCUGAUCACAUGCCCAUGUUCUCCAAACCACAAGAGCUUUUCUCUUACCUUCAAGAGAUUGCGAACACCUAUUACUAGCAAUUGAAUAUAUGCUUGUCGAUUUUAUUAAUUAUGUGUGACGACUAUAAAGAGUGGAAAUCAAAAUUUAUCUUCGUUAACAAGGAAAUAAGUUUUUGUAUUUUUCAAGGAUUUGUAUAGUUGAACCUCGUAUGAAUUGUCAUUUCUACUUUGUGUUUU